UGGGUAUGUAUGUGAUAAUCCGAAACCAAGGCUGGACUUGACUACAACCGGUUCUUGAAGAGCAGAGGAUAUGAUAUGGAAAAGGUGCAUCUAAAAGAUCUUUGAUUUCUGGUUCCAGUGGUUUUCUUCUCUUCAUACCAUCAAGAACUGGUGUUUAGGAUUACCGUUCAUUAUGUGACAGUCUCAUUCUGGAUCCGACGUGGUUUUUGCUUUUGUGUUCCACCUGUUGGAUAGUUAAAUGGUGCUAAUAACUGAGAAUGGUGUUGCAGGAGGUAUACUUCUGGUCAAAGAUCACCAACACGGCACCGGCCAAAACCGAGCGAGAGGCAGGAACAAUGAAGAGUCUUCGAUACAGAGCUCCACUUUUGUGGAGCCAACAGAGGACUCUUAUUAUGCAGAUGAUGAAGACCACCAUCUUGAUGAUGAUGAUGAUGAUGAUGACGUCUACCAAGAAUUCGAGGAGUUGGACUUUUCAGAACUAGCCGAUACCAAGAGCAUUGUGUCAGACGAUUGCUUCUACCCACCUGAUGAUUCGCUCAACUUUGAAAAAUGUCAGAAUCCUGAGAGCCCCGAGCCAAUCAGCUUCUUCAAAGCAUGCUGCACUAACAACGCCAUCAUUGUCAAAAUCAUGAUAAGACAAGGUGUGACCGAGGAGGAGGUACGAGAGGUGGACAAAAAUAACAGAACGGGUCUGAUAGUGGCAUGUUACCAGGGCUAUGUGGAUGUGGUCAUUGCACUUUCUCAGUGUCUAUAUGUGGAUGUGAACUGGCAAGAUAACGAAGGGAAUACGACUCUCAUGACUGCUGCACAAGCAGGCCACAGUAUGAUUACCAACUACCUGCUGAACUAUUUUCCCGGGCUUGACACUGACUGCAGAAACUGCCAUGGCUUCACUGCGAUGAUGAAAGCAGCCAUUCAGGGUCGAGCUGAAUGCGUUCGGUCUCUCAUGAUGACAGGAGGAGACAUUGAAGCAAGGGACUUUGGCCGUAAGCUGACUCCACGUGAAUGGGCCCUGUUUACGGGCCGCUAUGAGACUGCCAACCUGAUGGCCCGACUGAUGGAACAGCCAUGUGCCGGACAGUUUUGUGACUCUUACCACAUGGAGUGGCCUAUGCUAAGCAAACUGGUGGCUCAUUCAAAGGAGCCCAAGUCCUGCUGGAGAAAGUUCUCCGAGUGCAUCUGUAACUUGUUUACCAUCAGCAUGAAGACCAACCCUUUGGAUGAAGGCGUCAUGGACUACAUGGUGCGCAUGACCACAGCUCUUGCCAGCCCGUUCAUAGCCACCGCCUGCCACACCGUGUGUCCGGGCAGCCCUCCGUGUGUAGGAAAACGUAAAGUGUGUUCGUAA